AUGGGGAAUUGUCUGGUUCUGCAAGGAAAUGUUAUCAAGAUCAUGAAAUCAGAUGGGAAGAUCCUUGAAUACCAAGCACCCAUAAAAGUCCAGCAAGUUCUGUCAGAUUUCUGUGAUCAUGCAAUAGCUGAUUCACUUCAGGCUUUCCAGUAUCUUUCGCCAGACACCAACCUACUUGGUGGUCACUUGUACUAUCUUGUGCCGCUUCAACUUCCAUCCCCAGCUAAGAAGAAGAAAGUAAGAUUUUCAAUUCCAGAGGAUCAGGAGGUCAAAGAUGUUCAAGAAAAAACCAGUGUAGUGAGAAUCAAGUUGGUGAUCAGUAAGCAAGAACUGGUGGAGAUGCUAAGAAAGGGAGGAGUUUCAGUUGAUGAUAUGGUUUCUCAGCUUCAUGGACAACAGAGAGUGCAAACGGUUGAUAUCCCUGAUGGAGUGAACACCUGGAAGCCUGUGCUAGAAAGCAUACCUGAAAGAAGCCACUAG